AAUAGAUUCGGGUUCAUACGAUCGUCUAGGUGCGAGUGGAUAAAACUUGCAGGUGACACAGAGAGCUCAGCUUCCUUUCGUACUUCAUAGCAAUGGCUUCAGUAUCAUGCACUAUCCAUCACCUGCCCUUCACCACAAAACCUCCUCCUCCUCCUCCUCCUCCUCCUUCUUCUCCGCCUUCUUGUUUGAUCUUGAAUUCACGGUUUCUGGGUGCAAGAAGCAAGCUGGGUUGGGCACGACCCGUUAGGAUUGGACCGUGCAACGGGUCGAGAGCCAGGUGCUGGUUCAAGUUCGGGAAGAAUGGGGUUGAUUCUGAAGGCGCCGGCAUUUAUGGGAGCCAGUCCCGUGAUGAUUUUGACAGAGAUGACGUUGAGCAGUACUUCAACUACAUGGGGAUGCUUGCCGUCGAGGGAACAUACGACAAGAUGGAGGCUCUUUUAAGCCAAAACAUCCAUCCUGUAGAUAUCUUACUGCUGUUGGCGGCAUCAGAAGGUGACAAGCCAAAGAUUGAGGAGCUACUGAGGGCUGGGGCUGAUUACAAUGUCAAGGAUGCCGAUGGUCGGACUGCACUCGACAGGGCAGACGAAGAAAUCAGGGACUUCAUCCUUGGGUUUUCAGUUCAGAAGUCGUGAUCGGACUAAUUUCAGUGCGAUUUUGCAUGAUUUGUCAUAUACAUGUUGUGCAUCAUAUUUCUAUAGGCCAUGUUUUUGGUGCAGAUCUUCUCUUCUGGUUACCGUAGUAACCAGUACUGUAUUGAUCACUAGAUCAUCAGUCUUGUUACUCUUGUUAUUCCCAUAGUGGAAGAUUACAGGGUCUUUGAGGAGGAUUGUGGAAAGUGGUCACUCUGAACAUCACCAAGUUGAUAAAGAGUUUGGCAAAA